GCGCGCCGCUCGCCUCCCGCACUGACACCUGCCGCCUCCUGCCCGCAGCACCCGCCGCAUGGCGUCCCCCCGGCCGGGAGACACGCGAGAGUUAAACAUGGCUCCUGGGAAGACGAUCAAAGCCAAGAUCAAGAAGACUUUGCCGGUGACAGGCCCUCAGGCUCCAACAGUCAGUGAGCUGAUGCACUGGUACUGCAUGAACACCAAUACGCAUGGCUGCCGGCGUAUUGUGGUAUCAAGAGGACGCUUGCGCAGGUUCGUCUGGAUUCUGCUCACCUUGAGCGCCGUGGGGCUGAUCCUGUGGCAGUGUGCUGAGCUCAUCAUGUCCUAUUACACAGCCUCUGUCUCAGUCACUGUGCAAUUCCAGAAGCUGCCUUUCCCCGCUGUCACCAUCUGCAACAUCAACCCUUACAAGUAUAGUGCAAUGAAAGAGCACUUGUCUGAACUGGACAAAGAGACAAAAAAUGCUUUGGAGACUUUAUACGGAUUUUCAGAGGGCAAAUCCAAAGUACGUCGGGACGCAGAUGACUGGAAUGCUACAGAGAGCAAAUUUCUUGAAAGAAUCCCUCUGCUAAAGUUCGAAGACCUCUCUAAGAAGACUGUGACUGAGAUUCCAAGUGGAAAUAAGCGGAAAAUUGAGACCAGUGUCUUUCACCAAGGUUCCAGCAUGGUGAAUUCUGGGGAUCCACAGGAUGUCGUGGGCUUUCAAUUGUGUGAUCCAAACAACAGCAGUGACUGUGCAGUUUACACAUUCAGCUCUGGGGUAAAUGCUAUUCAAGAAUGGUACAAGCUGCAUUAUAUGAACAUCAUGGCACAAAUACCCUUGGAGACGAAAGUGAAUAUGGGCUACUCCGCUGAGGAUCUUCUGCUGACAUGUUUCUUUGAUGGCAUAUCUUGUGACACAAGAAACUUCACCCCUUUCCAUCAUCCACUGUUUGGCAACUGCUACACCUUCAAUAGUGGAGAAAACGGAAAAGUCCUGACCACCUCUACAGGAGGCAGCGAGUACGGAUUGCAGGUUGUUCUUUACAUAGAGGAAGCUGAUUACAAUCCCUUCCUGGUGACCUCGACCGGGGCCAAAAUCAUUGUCCACGACCAGCAUGAAUAUCCCUUUAUUGAAGAUAUUGGGACUGAGAUUGAGACUGCAACGGCCACCUCCAUUGGGAUGCACUUUACUCAGUCUCACAAGCUAAGCAAACCGUACAGCGACUGCACCGAGACUGGCACGGACAUUCCAGUAGCGAACCUCUACAACAAGAGCUACUCGCUCCAGAUUUGCCUGCAUUCCUGUUUCCAGAGGGCCAUGGUGGAUACCUGUGGCUGUGCCCAGUAUGCCCAGCCCUUACCUCCUGGUGCAGAGUACUGCAACUACAAGAAAUACCCCAACUGGAUGUACUGCUACUACAAGCUGCAUGAGAAGUUUGUGAAGGAGCAGCUGGGUUGUCAGCAGAUUUGUAAAGAAGCCUGCAGCUUUAAGGAAUGGACGCUGACCACCAGCUUAGCCCAGUGGCCGUCUUCAGUUUCUGAGGACUGGAUGCUUCGAAUCCUCUCCUGGGACAAAGGGCAGAAAAUCAACAAAAUGCUGAACAAAACGGACCUCGCAAACCUCAUGGUGUUCUACAAAGACCUGAACGAGAGAUUUAUUUCCGAGAAUCCCGCCAACAACAUUGUCAUUCUUCUUUCCAACUUCGGGGGCCAGCUGGGCCUUUGGAUGAGCUGCUCCGUGGUUUGUGUCAUUGAGAUCAUCGAAGUUUUCUUCAUCGACUCAUUCUUCAUCAUCAUGCGGCGCUACUGCCAGAAGGCGAAGAAAUGGUGGAAUGACCGAAAGGCAGCACCUCCUCAGGUUAACGCUCCAGCCAAAGAGGGCCACGACAACCCCGUGUGCAUCGACGAGGACCUGCCCACCUUUAACACUGCCCUUCGCUUACCACUGCCCCAGGAAAAUCACAGGCCCAGGACUCCGCCGCCCAACUACAGCACUUUGCAGCUAGACGCUGCAUUCACAGACCCGCUGCCCGACACGCUGGAGGGCAGGAGCCAUUGACAGUAUUUAUGUCCUCCUCCAGAGGCCAAAGUAGGCAAUGAACCAAACGUGUAAUCCGGGUGUCCAGGAGCGAGAGGUGUGUGUCUGGGGGUGAGCACUGAGGGACUCUUGGGUAGGGUUCAGAGCCCUGGGAGGAGUGCAGGCAGGAAGACUCAGCCCCCCCAGCACAGAGCAGUGGUUGGUAACGCCAGGUCCCAGUCCCUGGUGUUUUCCAGUGAAAGGUUGCUGACGCUGGUUUGUGCAGGAUGUGGAACUGAGCCGUGAUGGGCCUUGCCAAACAGAGACAAGCCACCACCCUCCCCAUUUCAUCUGGGUAGGAAUCACGCCUCAGGAGAAGCGGGCGUAUCCAGCAUAACCCCACAGCUGCUCCAGGCCUGAUAUGUGGGAACAAUCCAGGCCUUUGGGAUGGCUUGUGCUACUUGGCUAGGGGCAGGCAGAGAGGGAGCUCUGGGGAAAGCGUUAAAACCAUGCAGGUACUAGAUGGUGGGGAGAGGAAAGGAAAAUGCCACUGUAGGGUCAGAUUCUAACCGGUUCAGCUAAACACGGAGCAGGCAGGAUUCUGCCAGCCGCGCCUCAAGAGAGAAAUUCCUUAGCCUGGGGGAGAACCUUGAAAGCCAGUCGAACUCCUCCUGGAGUAAGGCACUACUCAGCCUGAGUAAAAGGGAGCUAGACUCAGCCCAGCCCUUCCUUUAAAAUGCCCGAAGUCUAAUUUUGAGCAGGAUAAUGACCAGAGACAGCAAUUAGUGCGCUCCUUAAGCAGCAGUCAGACCCACUCUUACACUAGCCCCAAAGUAUCCCACUUACAGUUCAGGUGCCCUUGGCACACUCAGGUUCCGGCACUCAAAGGGCAACUGAAUCCUCUUCAUGCUACAGUCAUUUGACUCAUGGGCCGGGCCCUUCUGCUGGGAAGUACCAUUCAAAUGCCAGCCCCAUUGGCUGGCACCCUUAGCCCGCACACAGCCCAAAGAACUGGCCUGUGCUCUGGGGAGCAUCUCAAGAGCCAGGAAGGAAGAGGAAUCCCACUCCCGGGCACAGUGACAGCAGAGCCCCCUGGAAUUCCUGUACCCAGACCCAGCCUCAGUGGGGAAUAGUGAGCAGAAGAUAUACUGACCCCAUCCCCAGGCGUGUUGCCCUCAAACUCCCCUUGUCCAUUAGCAUGCAGCGAGUUCCCUAUGGAACUGCCCUCUCUGAUGCCAAGCCUCUGUGCACAGGCUCCUUGGGUCCUACCACUAGUUCCGUCCUGGCCAGGGGGCACUGUACCUGCAGCUGUGACCCACUGAAUUGAGAUGAAAAUAGUCGCUGGGUUUCAAACAUUGGUUCUAAAAAGGUCACUGCUCAUGCCCGUUCUCUCAGAAUGGGUUAGCCCGAAUCACUGGCGUUUCCCUGCCUCGAGAACAUGAAAACAGGAACAUUCACAGCCCAAUUCUGCCAGCCUUGAAGUCAACAGCAAAACUCACAUUGCGACCCCAGAGUGAAGGCUGCAGCUCAUUGUCUUCUCUGGUGUUCCCAGUUUAUUGCAGGUGAGCACACUCCUGGCAAGUGCAUUCUGUAUGGAAGGGUGCGCGCCCAGCCAUGACUCAAUCUCCCUCUUCCUAGUCAGUUCCUGCCACGGCCUCCUGGGAGCUGAGUAGGGUGGGCUGUGGGAGUGUUAGGAGGGAUGUGUGCUGGGCCAGCAUCACCUCCUGGGCUUUCAGAGUACUGUGUUGUCAAAUGAAUCAGGCAUUUUAACAGUGAGAACAAAGAUGUUUCCAGGUGUGCAAUACAAGACUCUUUUUUAACUGAAUUAUUUACCAGCAGAGAGGCUGGGAAACA